GUGAGGUGGGGUGAGAGGUGUGUGUGUUUGCGGGGGGGGUGAGGCCGCGGCAGCUGCAACAGUAGCGCCUUCAGACUCUCUCUGAAAGUAAGAGAUAAAGAGAGAGGAGGAUGCAGUCUUCGCCUUCUUCUGCUCUGAAUUUUGAGGGAUUAACGAACCAGUAUAAGACGACGUGGAUCCAACCGUAGAAGGAAAUGGCAUCGAUCAGCGGGCCUUUUCCCCGUUAGAGGCGACGGACGGCUCGCGUUAACCCCGGUGACCUGUCACACAGCUGUGUUGUUUAUUUGUUUGUCGGUCUCCUCACCUCCUACCGUGGAACGGGACUUACGGGAAGCGUAUCGCCGCUUGUUAUGGAGCAUAAUCCCGCGUCGAAAUGAGUUUUAACGCGCGGGAUGGUUGGAACGGGUCCUCCUCACCGGCGCAUUACGCGGAGGAGAGCUCUCCGCUCUCCAACCUCUCCCUCUCUGCCGGAACCCACGCGGACUCCAACGGCACGGCUCCACUGGACCUGAGCCGGGCUAUCCCGGUGGGAAUGGUGCUCGCCUCUUUCAUCAUGUUCGCCAUCGUGGGCAACAUCAUGGUCAUACUGUCGGUGGUGUGCAACAGGCAGCUGCGCAUCCCCACCAACUACUUCAUUAUCAACCUGGCCAUCGCCGACCUGUUGCUGGGCACGACCGUGCUGCCCGUGUCCGCGACGCUGGAGGUCCUGGAUUACUGGGUGUUCGGGAGGAUAUUCUGCGACAUUUGGGCCGCGGUGGACGUCUUGUGCUGCACGGCGUCUAUUAUGUCGCUGUGCGCCAUCUCCAUCGACCGGUACAUCGGGGUGAGCUACCCGCUCCAGUACCCCAUGAUCGUGACCAAGAAGCGGGCGCUCUUGGCGAUGCUCGGGGUCUGGGUGCUGGCCAUUAUCAUAUCCAUCGGGCCGCUGCUGGGAUGGAAGCAGCCUCCCUCUCAGGACGUCAGGGUGUGCCCCAUCACGGAGGAGCCCUUCUACGCGCUCUUCUCCUCGCUGGGCUCCUUCUACAUCCCGCUGGCCGUCAUCCUGGCCAUGUACUGCCAGGUGUACGUGGUGGCCAAGCGCACCACCCGCAACCUGGAGGCCGGCGUGGUGAAGGAGAACUCCAACGAGGUCACCCUCCGGAUCCACUGCCGCAACCAGCAGAUCCAGGACCUGUGCGUGGGCAAGAACAACGGCCACGGAGCGCCGGGGGGCCGCACCGGCAACCUGACGGUGAAGCUGCUCAAGUUCUCGCGGGAGAAGAAGGCGGCCAAGACGCUGGGCGUGGUGGUGGGCAUGUUCAUCCUGUGCUGGCUGCCCUUCUUCCUGGCGCUGCCCAUCGGCUCCUUCAACACCAACCUGCGGCCCUCCAAAACAUUUUUCAAGGUCAUCUUUUGGCUGGGCUACUUCAACAGCUGCCUGAACCCCAUCAUCUACCCCUGUUACAGUCGGGAGUUCAAGCAGGCCUUCAUCCGCAUCCUGCGCUGCCAGUGGAAGAAGAAGAAGAAGGGCUGGCAGGCCUACUACAACUACCGCUGCCAACAGGGCUCCAACACCUCCUCCUUCCUCAACGGCAGCCAGCAGACUCUCUCCUCCGUGCACCCCAGCCCGCGCUGCGUCGCCACGCGCCUGGACCCCGCCCCCUGGACCUCCAGAGGGGGGCACUUCCUCUCGCCGUCCCCCCCCCUCCCCGGGAGUCCCUGUGCGGGGCCGCAGGUCCAACACGCGGCCCUGGCCCCCGCGGAGAGGGCACCCCCGGUGAAGCCCGUCUCCCCCCUGGCGAGGGAGGUCGGGGCGGGGGGCGGCCGUGGGACGGGGGCAGGCCGUGGGACGGGGGCGGGGUCGCGGCGGGAGGCGUCGCUGUUGGCGAACGGACAGAGUUUGAAGAAGCACCGUGUGGAGCUGCAGCGGGAUGUUGCCGUGGCGAUGCGUGGGGAGUCGGCUGACAGCUAAUCCGCCCACACACACACACACACACACACGCACGCACACACGCACGCACACACACACACACACUGACAGGGAGCUGCUGCUAGUCAGCCAAUGACGCGAGACAAUCGAUCAAGGUGGUUUGUGGACCCGAUCGACGGACAGAGAAGUCGAUCUAGAGCGGCAGGGCGAUCUAGAGUGGCAGGACAGUCUAGGGACGUGUGGUAUUUAGCAUCGGUGGAAUACUUGGCCUGCAGCCUCCAAUCGCUCUCCCUCUGCUGGUCGUCAUAGGUAAAAGGUCUCCAAAACACCCAUUCCUUUCUGGUAUUUAUUAUUUAUUGAUAGCCUGAAUAGCCUCGCCUCCAAGAUGAAUGACAGAUUCAUGCACACUCACACACACACACACACACACACACACACACAUACACACACAAAGACAGUGUUAAACCGUAAGUCCUUCUUUAAAACAGUUAGAUUUUUUGAUUGGAUGAAAAUAACUUCAAUCUCGAAGUGUUAUUGUGUUAUUCAAUUACAAUUACAAUUAGGGCAUUUAGCAGACGCUUUUAUCCAAAGCGACUUACAUCGGUUAAUACACACACACAUCGGUUAAUUAUUCCCAUGAAUUACAUGCACACAGAUUGAGAUGUGUGUGCGUGCGUAUGCGUGCGUGCGUGCGUGCGUGCGUGCGUCCGUGCGUGCGUGUGUGUGUGGAGAAGGACAUGGAGGAGAGGGGGAACACUGAGCUGGUCAGGGGGGACUGGGGUGGGACCACCCUCCUACUGGGGUCGGUCGUACUGUACCCAAAGCCUCCAGGAACUGGACCAUGGUUUGUGUUACCCGUCAUGAGCACCCUACUCAUGGCGACACCUGCUGACGGACACUGUGAAGACGAUGUUGGACUUGGACUUAACAGGCGCGGUGAUUAAAGCACAACGCCGUCAGGGUGGGCAGUUCUGUUCAGCCUGUAUACUCGUCAUUAUAACCCUUUACGCUCACAACACCCUGUGUUUGUCGUAGAAAUGUGUGGCCACUUCAGCGUGUUCAAUCGUACUUGUGAAUUAAAAAGGAUAAUCAAUGGUUGUUUCAGCCAAGCGCGUUGUAAAAACCAUGGAGCGUGUUGCCAAGAAAUGACUUAGAAACGGAACCACUGGUUGAACCGGUGUGUGUGUGUGUGUGUGUGUGUGUGUGUGUGUGUGUGUGUGUGUGUGUGUGUGUGUGUGUGUGUGUGUGUGUGUGUGUGUGUGUGUGUGUGUGUGUGUGUGUGUGUGUGUGUGUGUGUGUGUGUGUGUGUGUGACGCACUGUGACAAAUGUAACUGACAGGAGCUCCAUUCACACCCAGCUUCAAGGAAUGCAUGCUAGUUCUUCACGGCAUCGUGAGAAUUCUAGCUUAACUAGACCAGAGGGAUAAGUCGGCUUAGCUCUGGAGGUAGACCAGUUGUCUUGGAACCGAAAGGUUGCUAGUUCGAUCCCCGGCUACUCCUAGCUGAGUGUUGAUGUGUCCCUGAGCAAGACACUCAACCCUAACUGCUCCUGACGAGCUGGCUGUCGCCUUGCAUGGUUGACUCUGCCGUCGGUGUGUCAAUGUGUGUAUUAACCGAUCUAAGUCGCUUUGGAUAAAAGCGUUUGCUAAAUGCCCUAAUUGUAAUUGCACAAACAAGGUAUACGUAAACUGAUUGACAACCGGAUGUAAGAUCGAAGCGAACCUAUCACAAGUAGACGUACGCUCAGGACUCUAUACUCUAUAGUGGGGGUGUGGUCUGAUCCCCCCCACAAACUCACACUGAUUUGAGGUGCCUGGCUAGUGGGUCUGGGGUCACCCGCUUGCCUACUCAGCCAGGAGGGGAUCCAUUAAAUCGGAGUGAAGAAAUAAAAGGAAACUAGUAGGUUGAAAUUGCAAUGGAUUUCAUGGAGCCUACUAUUCUGAUGCUUAAUGCACACCUUGAUAACCCUUUACAACAUAAUUAGGUGUAAACUACGGAUUUUUGUCGUCCAUCACUUCAAAGGUCUGUUUUGUCUGGUGUGUUCUAAGUGCACCCUACUUAGCUAUGGUGCAUUCUCAACCAUGUAGACAGUGGAGGUUAUGUACAGGUAAGGAUUGUCACGUGAUGUAAUGUGGUGUAUUUGGAUAUGUAUUUAUGGUGCGGAUUAGGGUUGGAAAAUGAAAGUCAUAGUUUCCAUAAAAAUGUUUUAAUGAUGAAUGUAUUGAUGGAACCAUUUCAACCGCUAAAAUUGAUUGACAUCAUGCCGCAGAUUUUAUUUAAAAACAACCACCAAAUGUACAGAGCCUGUGUCUUUAUACCUUAACUUGUGUUUUACCUCAUGCUUUUGCCACAACAUUCUCUGGUGUGGGGCUCCAAGCAAAUAGCACAUCGCUAAAUAGAAAUGUAGUCACGACAUGGCUAAAUCUAGACUCUACACUGACUGCACGUACUGGUGAAAGCCAGUUGAUUUAUUCACUUGACCAACAUAUCAAGUAAAUGAAUGUAGUGUCAAGUGAAUUAAUGCAGGAUUCCUGAAUGUACUAUUUAUAUGCUCGGAUUCUUGAGAAGGAUACUUGCAACAACGGGAAGGCUCUGCCAAUUAUUUGUGGUAAAAGCCCACUCCAGCACUCUAAAAGCCUUCUAACCAUGACUGAUGAAUCUUUGCUGUGCUAUAACGAAGGCUACAUAUGUAUAGUGCCAGCAUAUUAAUAGAUAAUGUGAUGGGAACUAAAGAAUGGAUGAAAAGAAUUACAUUGCAGUGUAAUCAUUGUCCAUGAUUUUCAUUUUCCAGACCAUCUGUCUCAAUCAAUCAUUUUAUGGACAUAUUCGAUUGAGUCAUUUCUCUGCCGUUUACUUGCUGAAUAAUUUCUCUCACUAGACUAUAUCAAAUGAGGGUCACCACUAAAGUCGCCACCAAAGCUGCUGAGAAACGACCAGAAGCGGCCGCAGACGUGGAUACGGAUUUGUUUGUCUGGAUGUUAAACUGAGUAUUGUGUUGUCAUUCAAUAUGCUCUUCUUAUCAAGAACAUGUUUUAAUUUUUAACUGAAAAAGUUAUCUGUGGGACACUUUAAAAGGAUGUUGGAUAAAUGAAAUUAUUAGAUUCAUGUUCUACAUUCUGACCUCUCAUCUCAUCAGAGGUAAUCGUCUUUCAGGGGGAUCCCUCAAAAUGAUGAUUACAACAUUGAUAACCCUCAUGACCUUCUCCCCGAAUAACAGGUGACCAAUUUCUAAAUGCUUGAUCACAAUCAUCAUAAAAAAUGUUUUAUGCGUAAUAAUAAGGCUGGCUUGUGUUUUGGUCCAAUUUCCACCAUUUUCUUCAGCAAUACCAUGUGUUUCUGAAGUGACUGAUGCCCUGAUAUGGAGUGUCUGCUAUAGGGGCUGAAAGAGGCCUUUCCGCUUUUUUCAACCAUGGCAAUCAAACGGCAAAGUAGGUUCUCUUCAUUAUUGAACAGUUAAAGGAAUUCCAACUGAACGCCUAACAAAUCUGGUGUAAUGGCAUCUAUUAAUGGCCUCCGCCUGGGUUAGCGAGUUUCUCCUGAAGUUUGGUGUAUAGUAUAGGGCUUUGAUUGAUUACAGUGUCGUUCCUCUUCAGGCCGACUGCAAAUCUGGGACUAAAUAAGCCGAUGUCACGCGGCUUUCUGUUUAUUUCGAUAGUGGGCGUGGACCAGCAUGCACAGCAUGUUUGGUUUUCAUUUGAACUGGAUAAUCAAGUUUGUAAUAUGUCAAUCUAAAUGUAAAAUAACGUGGAUAUUUGUUUGAUUCGUCACGGCCUGGAACUGGUAAGAAUGAGAAUGUUUCAGCGUGACAUCACAGGCCUGACUGACAGGUCAGCCAGGUUUCUUAAGUGCUUACAGUUUACCAUAGUUCAGUUCCAACAACGAAGGAACUGUUUCAGGAUUCAAAGUUUGUCUCUCUUACGCACAUGUUAAGUACAAUGGCUUCCACCACAGUUGUGGUUAAGCAGCCUCGAAAUGUAUCCAUUGGUGAUUGGUCGUCUGGACUAUUUCAUUGCACUGAUGAUAUGAAGGACUGGCACUAUGUGUAGGGACUGUCUUGCCGCUACAUUCUGUUCUCCCUGCGUUUGGUGCCAGAUUUCCAGAGAGCUUUCGAACAGGACGAUGCCUUCCAGCCUCGCAGAUCUGAUAAGAUAACUCUGAGUUUGCAAACAGUCUCUAUUUUACCUGACAGUCAAACCUGAGCCCUAGCUUUGCACCUUGUUUCCACCAUGUCUAAAUGAAUGGGCCUUAUCAAAAUUGUAUAAAUUGCUGGUGUUGACUGGGGCCACGCAACCCAAUGUUGUAUAUAAGAUGAACCCAAUCAAGUGCAAAAUUGGCGUUGUACUGUUUACGUCCAAUGGGGCCUUGAAGGAGCCCAAUUUGAAUUAUUAUAGUGUUUGGCUUGAAAAUGUAUAACGCUGAUAAAUAUAUUGUUGUCUUUCUUUGAGACCUCUAUAUGAGUCCGAUUAAAGUAUUGCUUUUCCUUUAUUUUUUUGCAAGAACAUUUGCUGGUCAAUGUUUGUACUUACGAGGAAAUACGAGGAUCAGUGACUCCAAAAGGUCCAAACUGAUUUGUUCCAUCCCACCUGCCAUGUAAUGACCAGCUUUCACAUGUAUGGCCGAGACCAUUGUGUAACACAAUGGGGUUUUGCUGUUUUGAAUAAAUGCUGACUUGUUCUUU